AGCACAGUGAUGGAUGAGAGGAGGGAGAUAUCCAGAGGAGAGCCACAGUCACCAAUUACCGUGCAAGAUAUCUGAGCAUUUAUGUUUAUUCAAGAUAAACAUUUUCAGGAAAAUUGAGGAGCUCUUCUGCUAUCUUUUCCUCCCCUGGCUCCAACCAACAAUCAAGAGUCUCAUCAACUACAGCACAAGGACUAACUGCUGAUUAACAGAAGUCGCCAUCAUGGAGACAGAGCUUUAUGAUGAGUUUGGUAACUACAUUGGACCGGAGCUGGACUCUGAUGAAGAUGAUGAAAUAGAAGCAGAGGACCGGGAUGCUGAAGAGGCUGAUGAGGAGGACGAUGAUGAAGACCAGGCUGAAGGCGAUGAGGUUGGUGGUGGUAUGGAAGUGGUUCUGCAUGAGGAUAAAAAGUACUAUCCGACGGCCGAGGAGGUUUAUGGUCCAGAGGUGGAGACGAUUGUCCAAGAGGAAGACACUCAACCACUUACAGAGCCCAUCAUUAAACCUGUGAAAUCAAAGCGCUUCACGCUGAUGGAGCAGGAGCUUCCAGUUACAGUCUAUGAAAUGGAGUUUCUUGCUGAUUUGAUGGACAGUCCAGAGCUGAUCAGAAAUGUCACUUUAUGUGGACACUUACAUCAUGGCAAGACAUGCUUUGUGGACUGCCUUAUUGAACAGACUCAUCCUGAAAUCCGCAAGAGAGACGACGCUGAUUUGCGCUACACAGAUAUCCUUUUCACAGAGCAAGAGAGGGGAGUUGGCAUCAAGAGUGCUCCUGUUACCAUGGUGCUACCUGACUCAAGGGGAAAAUCCUACCUCUUUAACAUCAUGGACACACCAGGGCAUGUCAAUUUCUCUGAUGAAGUGACAUCGGCUGUCAGACUCUCUGACGGCAUCGUGCUUUUUAUAGAUGCAGCUGAAGGGGUGAUGCUCAACACUGAGCGACUGAUCAAACACGCAGUACAGGAGAAAUUGGCCAUUACUAUCUGUAUUAAUAAAGUGGAUCGUCUAAUCGUUGAGCUAAAGCUGCCACCCACUGAUGCCUACUACAAACUGCGCCACAUUGUGGACGAGGUCAAUGGAUUGCUAAGCACAUACUCCACAGACGAAUCGCUUGUUGUUUCUCCUUUACUGGGGAACGUGUGUUUCGCCUCUUCACAAUACAGCAUCUGCUUCACUCUCGGCUCCUUUGCUAAAAUCUAUGCCGACACUUAUGGUGAUAUUAUGUACACAGAGUUUUCUAAGAGACUCUGGGGAGACAUUUACUUCAACCCCAAAACGAGGAAAUUCACAAAGAAAGCCCCCAGCAGCAAUUCUCAGCGCAGCUUUGUGGAGUUCGUGUUAGAGCCUCUCUACAAGAUUCUUUCACAGGUGGUUGGAGAUGUGGAUACAUCUUUGCCACGUGUCUUAGAUGAGCUCGGCAUUCAUCUGACCAAAGAGGAGUUAAAGCUCAACAUUAAACCCCUGCUGCGUCUCGUCUGUAACCGAUUCUUUGGGGAGUUUACAGGCUUUGUGGAUAUGUGUGUGCAACACAUACCGUCUCCUGAAGGGGGCGCCAAAGCCAAGAUCGAGCAUACCUACACUGGUGGUCUGGACUCGGACCUUGCAGAGACAAUGACUGAAUGUGACCCUGAUGGUCCACUGAUGUGUCACACCACUAAGAUGUUUAGCACGGAUGAUGGCGUUCAGUUCCAUGCGUUCGGUCGAGUCUUGAGUGGAACACUGCAGGCUGGUCAGCCGGUGAAGGUGCUGGGUGAGAACUACACCCUGGAGGAUGAGGAGGACUCACAGAUCUGCACUAUCGGACGCCUGUGGAUCUCUGUCGCCAGAUAUCAGAUUGAAGUGAACCGUGUCCCGGCUGGUAACUGGGUAGUGAUAGAGGGAUGCGACCAACCUAUUGUUAAAACGGCCACUAUCACCGAACCUCGUGGAAAUGAAGAGGCUCAGAUCUUCAGGCCAUUGAAGUUUAACACAGCGUCUGUGAUCAAAAUAGCUGUGGAGCCGGUCAAUCCCUCUGAAUUGCCAAAGAUGUUGGACGGACUCAGAAAAGUCAACAAGAGUUAUCCUUCGCUUACUACUAAGGUGGAGGAGUCGGGAGAACAUGUGAUUCUUGGCACAGGUGAGCUGUACCUGGACUGUGUCAUGCACGACCUGCGGAAGAUGUACUCUGAGAUUGACAUCAAGGUAGCUGACCCUGUGGUGACCUUCUGUGAGACUGUGGUGGAGACGUCCUCCCUGAAGUGUUUCGCUGAAACGCCCAAUAAAAAGAAUAAGAUCACCAUGAUUGCAGAACCGCUGGAGAAGGGGCUUGCAGAAGACAUUGAGAACGAGGUGGUGCAAAUCACGUGGAACAGAAAAAAGUUGGGAGAAUUCUUCCAGACUAAAUACGACUGGGAUUUGCUAGCAGCUCGUUCCAUUUGGGCUUUUGGACCUGAUACAACUGGUCCCAACAUCUUAGUCGAUGACACUUUGCCCUCUGAGGUAGAUAAAGCUCUCCUCGGCUCAGUGAAGGACAGCAUCGUGCAGGGUUUCCAGUGGGGGACACGUGAGGGUCCUUUAUGUGAUGAACCGAUCCGUAAUGUGAAGUUUAAGAUCCUGGACGCUGUGAUCGCACAAGAACCGUUGCACAGAGGAGGAGGGCAGGUGAUCCCAACAUCUCGCAGAGUCGUCUACUCUGCCUUCCUAAUGGCCACGCCUAGGCUGAUGGAGCCCUAUUACUUUGUAGAGGUCCAGGCCCCCGCUGACUGCGUUUCUGCUGUGUACACGGUGUUGGCACGCAGGAGAGGUCAUGUGACACAGGACGCCCCAAUCCCUGGCUCUCCGCUCUACACCAUCAAGGCUUUUAUUCCUGCUAUUGAUUCGUUUGGCUUUGAGACUGAUCUUCGCACACACACACAGGGUCAGGCGUUCGCUCUCAGCGUGUUCCACCACUGGCAGAUUGUUCCUGGUGAUCCUCUGGAUAAGAGCAUUGUGAUUCGUCCUCUAGAACCUCAGCCCGCUCCUCAUCUAGCCCGAGAGUUCAUGAUCAAAACCCGCAGGCGCAAGGGAUUAAGUGAGGAUGUCAGUAUCAGCAAGUUCUUCGAUGAUCCUAUGUUGUUGGAGUUGGCCAAACAGGACGUGGUGCUCAACUACCCAAUGUGAUGACAAAUGAUCUUAAUCCCCAUCAUUCCGAUCAUUGCCCACCAACUUCAAUUGACUUUCUCUUACUUCGAAUUGGAAGGUUUAUCCAACCCUAUGUGAUGGAGCAGAAACAAACCCAAGAAUCUUUUAACAUCAAUACUGAUCUCCCCAAGUCUCCCUUGCUGUUUUGAUCCGUGUUUAUUUUUUAUAUUUCAUAAAAUGUUUUUGUAGAAUAUGAUGUAAAGGCAAGUCUUUUUGAAUGUCUUGAAAAUCUUUGUGAAAUCUUACAACACUUGUGUAUGUGGGAUUAAAAGGAUUUGACCUAUG